AAGCAACUGAAUUUCGGUAACUUGAUCAAAUAUUUUCAAAAGGCAAAUGUUGUUUUAUUUACAUUCUUUUGACACUUGAAAGAUCAUAUUUUCAAAAACAUUCUGUUCUAAAAAAAAUUAAAAAGUAUAAAGGUCUCUUGACGGUGUGUUAGACCUACGGUCUUAAUUAAUGCUUCUCACCACCACGCUCCCUCAGAUGACGUAGGUGCGCAGAAGAGGCUUAAAAUUAGGGAGCUGUCUGGCUGACCUGUUAUAUUUGGACCGUGGAUUCUAAAUUUGACUAUCAUUAAAGUUAUGGAAUGUUUCAGAAGAUAUGAAGCAACUGAAUUUCGGAAAGGGGAAACUCUAACCCUAAAAAGGUUUAAUUAGUAAACCCAACUCAUAUACUGGUAAAGAUACGGUUAAUAUAAUAUAAGCAGGGUGACUAUUUAGUCUAGUUAGUGUAGUAAAAUAACAGUGCUUGGCAAUUAACACUACAACUCCCGGUGCGGAGGUAGUUUCUCGGUGAUGUGCGGACUUCGCGGCAACCCUGGGUAACUAACACACACGCAAGACGGAGACAAAGUGCAGUUUUGGCAGUCUAAGGGUAUACUUCAGUUUGGAACAAUAGUGUCAUUACUGCUGAUAUAUCCAAGUGAAUCGACUUUGAAAUUAACAUAAUAUUUUCAAGGAUAAAGGCUGCGGAACCAAAGAUGAGUAGCAUCGAGAAAACACCUUUGGAAGUGGCACAGAUGGUGGAAGAAGCUGAGACUAGGAUUCGCCAAUAUAUUCUCCACACGCCUCUCACUUACACUCCUCGUCUGUCCAAGGACAGUGGCGUCGAGGUAUAUCUUAAACUCGAAAACGAACAAUGGACAGGCUCCUUCAAAACGAGGGGGGCCUUUAAUAAAUCAUGUGUCCUCAAGACGAGGGGCGUGUCGAAGGUCUACACAGCAUCUACAGGAAAUCACGGGAUGGCAUCCGCGUUGGCUUUCAAGACGCUGGGGCUCGACGGGAUCAUCACUAUACCAGUCACUGCAGACAGCGAAAAGAGAGAAAAGCUUUUGGACACAGGCGUCAGUAUAUUACAGCACGGCGAUGACUGCGUCGAAGCCGAAGCGCAUGCGCGCAGCUUGGCAGAAAGCGAGCAAGUUCCAUACCUAUCGCCUUAUAAUGAUUACCACGUUAUUGCUGGACAGGGAACGAUUGGCGUCGAACUUCUAAAGGAUCUCCCUGACAUAGAUGCGGUUUUCGUGUCUGUUGGAGGCGGGGGUCUUAUCGGUGGAAUAGCUGCCUACUUGAAAUGCAAGAGACCACAGUGUAAGAUCAUCGGAUGUUCGCCUAGAAAAUCCAAAGUGAUGCACGAGUCGGUAAAUAGAGGUAAAAUCAUUCAAGAAGAGAGUUAUGACACCCUCUCUGAUGGCACUGCUGGAGGCAUUGAACCCGGGGCAGUGACUUUCCCGCUUUGUCGAGACCUGGUAGACGACUGGGUGCUUGUUGAAGAAGAAGAAAUAGCAGAAGCGAUUUUCUACUGCCUUCGGGCACAUAAGAAGGUGAUAGAAGGGGCAGCUGGGGUGCCACUUGCAGCCCUGAAAAAGGUCAGCGGCAACUUCAAAGGGAAGAGAGUGGCCGUGGUGCUCUGCGGUGCCAACAUCAGCACAAGAAACUUGCGGAUGGUCCUGAAUACCCAUCCCUAAAAGCCGCCUUGAUGGCUGAUGGUCAUUUUGGCUCAGGAUUACUGUUGUCUGAACCCAAAAAUCUGUAAUAAGUUAUAGAUUAAGAUUCUUUAUAAUAAAUUAGAUUUGCCAGUUGUAGAAGUAAUGGUACAUUGUUUUGAGUAAUGACAAAAGAAAAUUAAAAGUAAAAUUAAAAAAGUCAAAUGUCAGUAAACGAUUGGGAGGUACCAUUGGUAAACUAUUAAGAAAAGAAAUUGUAAUAAAUUCCUUCGCUGAAGUGGUAUUGGAAAAGAAGACUUAAAAGAACUUUUCGUAGGCUGCUAAUUUGUAAAGCAAAGCAUUGGCAUUCAGCAAGAAAAGAGCGGCCACAAAAUAUAAGCGUUGAUGCGGGAGUAAUUCACCAAAUUUUGCCUCUUGGAAUUAGAUUAGUUUUUCAGGCAAUUAGUUUGGUUACCUUUCAACCCUUUAUUAUUUCCUUGUUAUUAAAAGUAAAUACUAAGUAAAGCUUGUUUACUCUUUUUGCCAUUAAUAGAAAGUAAGAGAUGUCUAUUUGUUUCGUGGGGACUAGUUUUGGUGGAGGAAUAUCUGGGAAGUAGUGGGUGAAGAAAAAAAAGUGACGAUUCAUUGAUUACCAGGCUUAACCCUUUCAACUGAUCAAUUGUCAGGGUCACACAAAGUACCAGUUGACCAAAGGCCUUAUUCAGUCACCCAAGGCGAUUCAGUUUGUCUACGCAGGCCCCGUUCAUCCAGAAUAUCAAUAAAACGGGAGGAAAUUCAUUCGAGUCUAUAUUUAAGGCUAUUUUGAGAAUAUGCCCGAGACUCAAAUAUGCAAGAUAGAAGUGAUCAAAAUUCUUACAAUUUUGAAGACCUCGGCUGAGAAAUUAGCCCGUUAAGUUGUGUCAAAAAUGUAUUAUUUCUAGGCCGAGUCACGAAGGAAAAUAAAUUCUGAUCAUUAA